AAGAAUCGAGAAGAAUAUACUUCAGUACCUCUUUUAUUUUGAAGUCUCCGCCGGAGGUUGUAUUUUACACUUAAGCUAGUUUAUCAGUUCGAAUGCCAAAACUCCUUCCUUAGUUAGUUAGCAAAGACGGAAAGAAGAAUCCGGGGGUAGUCUGCAAGAAACGGCAUGUAGUUUACACCAAGCGUGUUACUUACAGUUUUUGUCGCUCGCCGUUGCUUUGCUCUGCUUCUUCACCGGAAAACUGCUUUUAACGUCCAGCCAACAUCAUGUUCCUGCGCGGAUCUAAAAAGCGACGGUCCAACCGCUCGCAGGAGGAAGAGGAUCCAGACAGAGGCCAACCCUGUAUGCGCUGCGGAGACCAGUGCCCCGGCUUCCGUGUCCAUGGCUGGAGGUAUGAACUGUAGGACUCUUAAACACUGACAGCGGUGCCUGUGAGCUUUGCAGGAAAUGUUUGUUUCAUACCGUAGAGUCAUUUUGCCCUGCUGGACUUCAGAAGCAAAACAAAGUAUAAAAGCAAUGAUUUUAUGGCUGUUUUUUUUAUUUUUUUUAUGCCACUUUAGCUGGAAACGUGAUUUAUAGAAACAUGACCCCUUAGCUAUUUAAUUGUUUUGCAAACAAAAAACAUGUAUGCAUUAAAAAGAAAAAAAAGUAUGUGUGUGGUGUGCGUGGUCAGUUUGUCAAGUGAUAGUCAUGGUCAGCGCUAGUGGUCCAAGUGGAGGAGCAGAGGAGUUUGCGGCAUUUUAGCAACCCUUUGCUGCCCGAUCCCACCGGGCUAAAGCUAUUACAAAAGCUAUUGGGGUGUUUAUAGCUGCUGGCAUGAGGCCGUAUUCCGUUGUGCAAAACAAGCGGCUUAAACAUAUGAUGAACGUGCUUGAGCCACGCUAUUAUAUCCCGUUGCACAUCCACUUCAGUGACAAGAUCGUUCCAAGCAUGUAUGAGCAGGAAAAGUGUAACGUUAUGGCUGAACUACAGAUGGGUGGACCUGAAGGGCAACGGAAAGCUACAUGACCAUGACUGCUCAUUAUAUCACAGCAGUGGUAGAUACAAAGCCCUGCACUGCCCUAUAUUGCACCUUAAUUUGUUUUUUAUAUAAUUGCUUGGAAUGAGUCUUAAGUUGAAUGUUUUUUUAAUGGGCAAAAAAUACUUAAAUUAAAUAAAUGGCGAGUUAAAUUUUUCUUAUCCCCCCGAAAAUUGGGGAUAAAUGUUUUCAUACCAUGUCCACAUUGUGUUCAGAGGGUUUAAUUUGUCUUAUUCGUACUUUUUAAACUGCUGUAUACCUCUUUUACUUAUUUGUUCAGAGUUGUUAAACACUACCAAAGUCCCUCCUGAUGAACAAUUCAACCUCCUCUGUCAGGUCUGUUUUUGUGUGCUUUCUUUUGAGCCCGUCUUUCCUUGUCCUCUCUCUUUUAGUCCUUGAGUGUAUAUCCAGCUGGUGGGGUCUCUGGUUAGUCUAAUCCUGUCAAUCUUGCUAAUAAGAUUAGGCCUUACUGCUGUGAUAGCAACCCUCUCAACCACUUCAAACCCCCCUCUGUCUCUCCAGUUUCUGCUUUUCAGUGCACUUUUCCUUUUUCAGAUGGGACUUCUGUGUUUCAUUACGCUUUAAUGUAUGGAAUAAAAACAGAGGCUGCUCCAGCUCGACAAAUACUACAAAGCUAAGGGUUACUGCUUGUUGUUCACAUUAUUUCAGAAGUUAAAGAUUAAAGAAUGAGUCACUUAGAAGGAAACUAGGUGAUUCAACUACAUUGUGCUGUGUUUGGUGCUUACAGACCCAGAAACUCUUGAGGAUGAUCACAGGGUUUGACACUGACACACAAGAUUUAUUCCUGAUAAUGAAGGCUUCAUUUAUAACCCCUAAUGUGUACUACAUGGUUGAGACAAACUGGCCUCGUGAUGAGAGAGUAAAACAAAAGGCAGGAAUGUGUACUUCAUAAAGCCAAAAGCCUGUAAUUUUAUCUUUUUCCUUUUUCAGUUUUCUCUCUAUUCGGGUCAAGACAAAAGCUUAGAAGUUAGCACGGAAUCUGAAACAUGUGUGCCGCACUCUACCAUGCACGUUGAUCUGUUUACAGUGCAUUUAAUCUGUGUAGCAUUAACAAAAUGCUGUAGUUCAUUGUUUACGUUUUUUCAUUACUCGUUUGGCUGAUGGGCAGAUCCGAAAUGACAUUGGGUGAGCUGACAAGGAUAAAUGUCUUGUUUAGACGUUGUAAGUCUUAGGCGAUCCAGAAGACUGAAAACAUGAAAGUGAUUAAAUGAUUGAGAUUUAUAGGGGUCAGAUUUUAAGACCUCGGAGUCUGGCACUAAUUGCAUCUGUCUAAAUAACCAAUUUAAACUCACACCUUUGCUGAUGGAGAAGAUCUUCCAAGUGACCACAGGCUCAGCUGCUGAUGCUCGGUGAGAGGGAAGUGAUCCAUCUUCAUCCUGAGCUUUAUCAGGCACAGCUUAAACUGAGGUGGGGGCAGAUGGUGCUUCCGCUGCCCAGCAGCAAGUGAAUUGAGUUACUUUUGACCCACAGGUCCCCAACACGCUUCAGAAGUGUUCAAAGUCGCCAUUGCUAUUAGUCUGGGUGGCCAUGCGGCAAUUACUCUGUCACUAAUUAGUGGCAGGGAGUUAUGGGAGGAGGCCCAUCUGCUUCUUAGAACCAGAUCUGUGGAGAGUUCACAGUUCCCUGCUGCAGGUAUAGAUUAUCACACCAGCAGCAGCAUUUUAAAGAGUUAUCAUAUGGCUGCUAUACUAGACCCCUCACCAGUUUUAAUAAUAUAUGCUGAUUUAUAGGUUCACUCACAGUCUGGAUUAGAAUUAUUUAUUUUUUCACCAGUUUUUAUCUUUUUGUUUACAACUGUUUUAAGUUAGUUUCCAGGAGGUUUCCUCAUUUCAUUUCAUUGUUUUUAUCUUCAAAAAUGUUCAGUUUUACUUUACGUUUGUUAUUAUGAUAUGGUUGUUACUUUUUGGAUUGUUGUUAAGUACUAAAAAAUAAUAUAAUACAAAAAUACAAACACGUUGACAAAUCGUACCUCUCAGCCGUAAAAGGCUGAUGGGGUAUUGUUUUUCAGUUUAAUAAAAUGUGUUUUUCCACACAUGUUUUUUUUCUAUUUAUUUUAGUUAACGAUAAUUUCCUAGAUAGGCUGCUUGAAGUUAGUUGUAGUGGGGCAAAUUUGUCAGUAUUGAUUAGUCUUCUGAUUAUCUUCCUGAUCAAUCAUAUUGCCAUUAAAGUGCAAAAGAAACAGGUGAAGCAGUAGUAAAGUAAAUUUUUGUUUUCAUUUCUUUGUCUGUGUAACCAUCAAAAUGAAAACAUAAUCUCUGGACUAUAUUAUGAGCACCAAGUGUUUAGAUUUAAGAAGCAACAGUGAGGUCAAAAAUAGCUGCAGAUUGAUUUGUUGUCAGUAGACUAAAGGGAUAAUCUACUGUUUGUUGAAGCACCUCUGAUGACUCGGAUGCUGAUCCUGAAAAAAAAGAGAAAACAGAUCAUUCUAUUAAAAGAUUGUAAUCACGCUGCGUCUUUUUGAGCAAUCAUGUUUUUCCUGGUAUUCAUUCAUCAUUCAUCUUCACCAAAGUCGGAUGAGCCGCUAUGACUUCGGAGAUGUGUCGUGACUUCACAGAGACCAUGAGCCAUGCUGUCGGUUUGAUAUAUCACUAGAGACACUUUGUACUCAUGCAUGGCCAUCUUGAUCACAUAACAUUAUAAAUACUCCACUCUACAGCACAGCAUUGCUCACAGGAUCAAAAUCUGCUCCGCUUAUGAUUAAUAACUGCAUACAAGCUACAGAUAGUCCAUCUGUUAUGAAUCAGUUACAGCAGUCUGGUCAGGGGAGGAAAGACGCAGUGACUUUAUGCAUCGUGAUUGUCACUUGAUGUUUCAUAUCUUCAAAGGCAGCGUGAGUAAAUUGAGAGGCUUAAUUGAAACGUUCAUGGCAUGUGCACUUUAGCUUAUCUUUGUGGGCAGAUUUAAAAGUCACAGGGCUUGUGUGUACUUUGAGAUCUGUGUUUGCAUUUUGUGUAGUGUAUGGUUCCGUUCAGAGCCUUUUGUUUGCGCCUACUAUCGGGGCGGAGGAGCGUGGGAGUGGGGGCUAUAGGGGGACAUUGAAAAGAGCUGCUCAGACAGAGAAAUUAUCAGAUGGAAAGGACCUGCCAAAGAAUAUCCUGCUCUCACUGACAGACAGACGGCAAGGCAGUAGGAACCUACUGGAUGCAAGAACAGAACAAGUCUGCAUGGGACUCCAUCAACAGGCCAAGCCGGACUAAUUUGUCAUGGUUACAACAGGAAGAUUUGUGUGCACUGCAAGUGUGUACGAGAAGAGCAUGCUGUGCGCCCGGUGCCAGGGCAGCUGGAAAAGAUGAUGACAAAGCUAGUAUCUGACUUCCAGAGACACUCCAUCUCUGAUGACGACUCGGGCUGCGCCUCCGAGGAGUAUGCAUGGGUUCCACCUGGGCUCAAGCCUGAACAGGUUUACCAAUAUUUUAGCUGCUUACCAGAGGACAGGGUGCCUUAUGUGAACAGUCCAGGAGAGAGAUACCGAAUCAAACAGCUGCUGCACCAGCUUCCAGCCCACGACAGUGAGCCCCAGUACUGUAAUUCUCUGGACGAGGAGGAGAAAAAGGAGCUGCGUCUGUUCAGUCAGCAGAGAAAAAGAGAAAACCUGGGCCGGGGCGUUGUAAGACUUUUCCCAGUAACUAUGACUGGAGCAAUCUGCCAGCAGUGUGGCAGACAGAUCUGCGGGGGUGAUAUAGCCGUGUUUGCGAGUCGGGCAGGACACGGCAGCUGUUGGCAUCCUCAGUGUUUCCAGUGUGCCUCCUGCAGCGAACUGCUGGUCGAUCUGAUCUACUUCUACCAGGAUGGACAGAUAUACUGCGGUCGGCACCAUGCUGAAAGGCUUAAGCCCCGCUGCCAGGCCUGCGAUGAGAUUAUUCUAGCAGAUGAGUGUACGGAGGCUGAAGGAAGAUAUUGGCACAUGAAGCACUUCUGCUGUUUUGAAUGUGAGGCUGCUCUGGGCGGCCAGCGUUACAUCAUGAGAGAGAGUCGACCGUACUGCUGCUCCUGCUACGAGUCGCUGUACGCAGAGUACUGUGAUACCUGUGGAGAACACAUAGGUAUCGACCAGGGUCAGAUGACAUACGACGGUCAGCACUGGCACGCUGUGGACUCGUGUUUCUGCUGCGCCCGCUGUCAGCUACCUCUCCUGGGGCGUCCCUUCCUCCCUCGCAGGGGCCUUAUUUUCUGUUCCAGGUCCUGCUCUCUGGGAGAAGACCCCAAUAACUCGGAUUCCUGCGACUCUGCUCUGCAGACUAGAUCGCCUCACCAUAACAGACAGUAUGGGACAGCAGAGAAACACCACAAGCUACAGUGUGGUUCUCCACUGCAGCCACUAGAGGGCAUCGACCCCAUUAUAGCUCCUGCAAAAGACUGCAUUCAUACUGCAGUGGAAACCAGAGGUGUCCACUGCACAGCUCCAGUUCAGAAUGGAGUUCCUUCACCCAGUCAUCAUCCUCGUCAAAGAGGCUCGUACUCACCUCUUCCACACAUUCAUUUAGGGAAUGGCUUAGGUCCUUCUUGGCCCAGUGACAUUCCACAUUACAGUUUACUUCCAGGGAACUGUGCUAUCAAACUUCCAGGCAGUAGUUCCCAGCCCGAAGGAGAGCUAAAUGGAAGUACUGGACUAAGUGGUCUUAAUUCAAGAGGAACCUCUACUGAAAUUGACUGUAGGACUUGGGUGGAAAAGACAAAUAAAGUUAUGCAAGCAAAUCCUCCUCAAAAGAACUCUCAUGUGAACAAACUCAUUUCACCUGACUCGCCUCCUCUUCCUCUGGACAACCCCUCGGUCCUCCCACCUCCCCUGCCCGUGAAGUCUCGUGACUUGUUCCCCCGGGAUUCACCUUCACCAAAACUCCAGCAACCAGAGGACAGACCCUGUGACUCUCCACCCCCGCUGACUCGCAGCAACACAGCCAGAGUCAGCUUCAGAGAGCCAAUCAGCAGCAGCUACUCUAUGGACGAGGAUGAGGAUGAAGAUGAGAAUAAGGAGGGGCUGCAAGAGGGUGAGGAAAACCAGGAGGAUGAAGAUGAGGGGGAGGGAGGUUUCGGAAGCAGGUUACAUCUGAAGAAAGGCGUCCCCCCACACAUGGAUCUGCUGGAUGGAUCCUCGUACCAGCAACGCCAUUUAAGGCGAGGUUGGGGUCGUUCCCGCAUCCCUUCAGACCCUGAUCUACACCAGGGGUCAGAGAGGCGAUCUCGACGCUCGCAAUCCGACAGGCCCAGGUUGGACUCCCUGGACUGGAGAGGCGAGAAAGACAGAGACAGCCGAGGCGGCUCCAGUGGCUCUUCUCUGACUCUCCAUCCAGGACAAUACAAACACGAAGACUGCUGUUCUACCUGCUCUUCAUCCUCAGACUCAGAGGAAGAGGGCUACUUCCUGGGACAGCCCAUUCCUCUACCCCCGCAACUUCGAAAGCAGCCACCCGAGGAGGGCAAAGACGUAGGCGGAGAGGAGGGGAAGGAGGGGCAGAGGGACUUUGGCCUGAGGGGCAGCAUAAGGCGGAGAAGAGCUCACAGCCUGGGUGCAAAGGACAAAGAUAAAAACUGUGCUAUUUCCUAACCACAAACAGCUAACCACGUUAAAAACACAGCAUGUUAUUUUUUUAGAUUAUGGUGCACAAGAAAAAACGAAUGACCAUCAUCAUUCUGAUGUUUAUCGGCUUUGUGACAGCGAUGUAAUGUCAGAUCCAGAUGACAUGUUUAGACUUAUCCAAGGGUGAACCACAGCCAAAGUUCCUGACUUAGCAAAGGGAAGCAAAAUAAACCUGAGAGAAGUCACUGCCUCCCGUUGACGCCUCAUUUUGAGGUGAAUGAGUCAUGCAGGCAGUGAUGAAUGGAGCAAUGUGGAGUCAUUAUUUGUUACACACCUUUGUAAGUUUGCUCAUACUUGUUUGAACUGAACUUUUAAACACUACCAUAACACACAGUAACACAUGUAACCUGGGGCCAGUUUUACAGACAAGCUCUCACUGUUGUUUAAAUGUGCCUAAAUGAUACAGUGUAAAUUAAAGUCGGGCUGAUGUAUAAAGCUGAGGGGCCAUCUCAAACUGCACAGCUAACUGCAGAAAGCGUUUUCUCUUCCGGAAAAAAUGGAAGAUACAAAGGAUGAUUACUUUAAAUACAACACACAAGUCAAGCUCAGGAUGCAACCAUCAACUCGCUGUGUUUUCUGUUUUGAACAACCCACAAUAUUAGAGUGAGUCCAAGGUUCCCAUAUGAGCAGGCACUUGACAACAGCGAGGAGGAAGAAAUCAUAACCAGGAUCAGGGUGGAGCAGUUGUGUGGUGCAACCAGUUUGAGGUGUGAGAUGAAAGAGAAGAGGAAAAAGAGGGUUGUAGAGAGGUGAAGACCAAAAAAAACAAUAGAAAACACAAAGAGAGCGCGGUUAAAAGUUAAUGACAUGCGACAAUGGCUUAUAAACAUGAGGGGAGUGAAGAAGAAAUGGUAAUGCUCAUGUAAAGUCCCUGAGGGAAGUCCUGAUGUAUGGUUCUGGAUUAACCAGUUCAGCCUUAAUUACAAAUGUAGAGAGGGUGUCUGUCUCCUGAGCCCUCUCACUCCUGGAGGCUGCAUCUAAGUUAUAUCCAACUGACUUAAGAGCAAAGUUAAGAUGGGACAAAGACUGCAGACCAGGCAAAAAUAUCUGUUAAACUGGCUCCAGCACAUUUUGUAAAAAGAAUAUAUUUUUAUGUCUGACUUACUGUAACCACUUUCCUGUGCUCUUAUGUGCAAUCUGUAUGUGGCUGUAAAAUACUACAGUUAUACUUACACUGAAUAGCCCAGUAGUUUGGAGGUGACGUUUAAUGACUUCAGCAAACUGUGGUUGUUUCAGACUUUGAAAAUCAAAAGUGUAAUUUGUGUGAGUUUUUGGAGGUCGCUUAUCUUUUUUUUUGUAUAGUUCAAAUGAAACGCUGCAAAAUCUGUAAACGUUCUUAAAGUCUGUGCUCACUCGUCAUUGGAGUGUCAUUUAUUUUUCUAUGCUUGGUGUAGGUCACUGUUGUUGCUGGUUUUAUUUGGGGCAAAAGCAAGAGUCUGUAACACCCUUGUGUUUCUCUGACUGUAUGCUGCAUAUAUGAGUAAAUUUGUUUAACUUGUUUGCCUAAA